AUGGACGCUCGUCAAGGCUGCUGCCUCAGUUUCAGAAGGCUGCUUGGUCAGGGACCUAAUGAAGACCAGGAACAACAGAUUGGUGGGAAUGCAGUGGUCUUCUCGGAGACUGGAGAGGAAGGAGGCAAGCAAGGGCUUGUACAGGUCAAGCUUUCUCAGGGGGAAUUUGCUCAGGGCAAAGUUGCUCAAGAAGACCUCGCUCAGUUAAGUCCUACUCUGGAAGACACGGGAGUAGUACAGGAGGCUGAAAAUAAAGAAGAAAUGGAAGGAGAAUAUGCUGGCAUUGGUGCUUCUGGCUCCGUGGAUGACAAGAUCCACCAGAAAGAAGUCCCUAGCAGCAGUGAUCAGCCACAGCCUCAGCAAGAGGCUGCUAUGUCUGAGGACGACUGGAAUCUACUGGAUGAGGACAAGCAGCCUCCCAGGCGCCGGCGCAGGUUUACACUGUCUCAACUUCAAGAUCUGGAGCGCCUUUUCCAUGAGACGCGCUACCCAAGCUUGCAAGCAAGAAAUGAUCUUGCAAGAUGGAUGGGUGUGUCCGAAGCUGAUGUGCAGGAUUGGUUUAAGACCAGGAGAACCAUUUCCAGAAAAAGUAAUAGAUUGGUGACGUUCUAUAGUGUGCCACCUGGUCCCCGGAACAAUGCUUCCUAA